UAAAUGAAUAAAUAAAUAAAUAAAAGAAAACAAUGGAAAUGGAGAGACUUACGUAAAUCGGUUCUUCAAAUUCCCGCUGAAACAAAUCCAUAGAAUCGACUUCUCUUCUCUCGUUCUCUUCAUUUCCAUGGAAUUCUAUAGAAAGUUAUGGAGCUUCGAUUCCCUGCUUCUCAUCUGUAUCUCACUGUUUUGGUGGUGGUUUGCACAGGUUAUGCUCCAUAUUGUGCAUGUCAACGCGGAUAUUUCAUGGGGUAGAACAAUAGGAGGAGAACAUAGAGCAGACUGGCAACUGUAUGAUUGUGAUGGAUGUGGUAACCGAGAGGAUCAGGAAUCUCGAAUCAGAUAUAAUCCAAGUGAAAAGGAUAUUGAUAUACUUGCAACAUAUAGUGAUCAUUCUGGCACUGUUAGAAUUGGUAAGGUGAAAAUGGGGGACCUUUCUGCUUCAUGGAUCUUGGAAAACCCUGUCGAUGGGAAUCGUGACGAGGCUGAAGGUUCCCAGGUAGUGAUUCUGAAAGACCCAUCUCAAGCUGAUACUUUGGUGGGACAGAAUGGUAUUGAUUCCAUGGAUGAUCAUCAGUCAGGAGAAAGUCAAAAUCAGCACCCUCAUUUGACGACAAUGAGCCCAAUCAAGCUUAAGCGCAGGAUGUUGCGGCAGAAUAGGAGGAAACUACGAACUUCAGAGCUAAUUCAACGAGAUAAAGACAUGGAUGAGCAGAUGCAAGAAGCAGCAAUUGGACGAUCUAGAACCCUGGACAACUUGUCCCAAGGGAAGUACAGCAUAUGGAGGAGAGAUUAUGAGAGUCCAAAUUCUGAUUCUACUUUGAAGCUUAUGCGUGACCAGAUUAUCAUGGCCAAAGCAUAUGCAAAUAUUGCAAAGUCUAAUAAUGAAAGUACCAUUUAUGAUUCUCUUAUGAAGCAUUCUAGAGAAAGUCAACAUGUUAUUGAAGAAGCGAACUCUGAUGCUGAGCUUCCACAAAGAGCACUUGACCAAGCAAAGGCAAUGGGUCAUGUUCUCUCAGUAGCCAAAAACCAGUUAUAUGACUGCCAUACAGUUGGAAGGAAAUUUAGAGCCAUGCUUCAGUCAACUGAAGAUAAUGUAAAUGCAAUGAAGAAAAAGAGUGCAUUCUUGAUUCAGCUAGCUGCAAAAACAGUUCCAAAACCAUUACAUUGCUUACCCUUGCAGCUAGCAGCAGAUUACUUCUUGCACGGGCUCCAAAACAAAAAGGAUGUUAAUAAAGAAAAGCUUGAGGAUCGUUCGCUGUACCAUUAUGCCAUAUUUUCUGAUAAUGUACUGGCGACAUCUGUUGUCAUUAAUUCCACUGUGCUCAAUGCAGAGGAACCUGAGAAACACGUCUUUCAUAUAGUAACUGAUAAACUGAACUUUGCUGCAAUGAAAAUGUGGUUUCUUGCCAAUGCACCUGCAAAAGCAACAGUUGCAGUUGAGAACAUAGAUGAUUUCAAGUGGUUGAACUCAUCUUACUGUUCUGUUCUGCGCCAGCUUGAAUCUGCCAGACUUAAAGAAUAUUAUUUCAAGGCAAACCACCCUUCUUCCCUCUCUGCUGGAUCUGACAAUCUAAAAUAUAGGAAUCCAAAAUAUUUGUCAAUGCUGAAUCAUCUUAGAUUUUACCUUCCGGAAGUUUACCCAAAGCUGGACAAGAUCCUAUUUUUGGAUGAUGAUAUUGUAGUUCAGAAGGACUUGACACCUCUUUGGUCCAUUGAUCUGCAAGGGAAUGUGAAUGGUGCUGUCGAGACCUGCAAGGAGAGCUUCCAUAGAUUUGAUAAAUAUCUAAAUUUUUCUAAUCCAACUAUUUCUGAGAAUUUUGAUCCAAAUGCUUGUGGUUGGGCAUUUGGCAUGAACAUUUUCGACUUAAAGGAAUGGAGAAAGCGAAAUAUCACGGGGAUAUAUCACCGUUGGCAAGAUAUGAAUGAGGAUCGAACUCUUUGGAAGCUGGGCUCCUUGCCACCAGGGCUGAUCACUUUUUACAACCUCACUUUCCCGUUGAAAAGAAGCUGGCAUGUGCUAGGACUUGGUUAUGACCCAGCACUUAACCAGACUGAGAUAGAGAACGCAGCCGUAAUUCAUUAUAACGGUAACUACAAGCCAUGGUUGGAUUUGGCUGUCUCGAAGUACAAGACAUAUUGGUCUAAGUAUGUGAUGUUUGACAACCCUUACCUUCAACGCUGCAACAUUAACGAAUAAUAAGGUGAAGAUAAGGAUGACUUAGAGAGAAUAUAGCAGAAAUCAGUGUGGAUAGACUGAGUAGUUAGUAGUAUAGUCUAGCAAACACAACUAAGUAGACGAGUGAUCCCACAAGAAGACAUAUUUGUGAUUAGUCUUGAGGGCUCUUCUUUUUCUUUUUUCCAUAAAAGAAGUUGUGAAAUGUCCCUUCUAGAGAGCCUUGUCGUUGGUUUUAAAGAUUUUAUUAGAUUUUUUUAGUAACAAAAUUUGCUGGAGUCGUAUGUCAUUUCACAUCGUGUGAUAGUUUGCCCUUUACUUUUAACUUUGCUUGUUUGGAUCUGUAAAGCAAUCCAAAAAAACAAAAUAUCAUGCUUCUUCAUGUUUUCGCUUCUAACUCUGCAUAAGCAACAACCAUUUUGGCUUGGGGUCAAUGGUAAGAAAGCUGCUGCUAUAUUUUGACAAA